AUGGAUAAGAUUCACGGGUCUGACCAGUACUAUUACCCCUUAUCUCGAGUGUCAGUGAAGUUGCAAAGAGGUCACGUGUUUCAAAUUGAGAUCAUCGGAGCUCAGUCCUCUACAUUGAGUGACGUGAAACUUUUAGCCAGUGCCCCAACUGAAGAUGGAAAUGAAACCUCCGGGAAAGUAACAAUCCCUCCAACUAAGGAUGGAAAUGAAACCUCCGGGAAAGUAACAAUCCCUCCAACUAAGGAUGGAAAUGAAACCUCCGGGAAAGUAACAAUCCCUCCAACUAAGGAUGGAAAUGAAACCUCCGGAAAAGUAACAAACUCUCCAACUAAGGAUGGAAAUGAAACCUCCGGAAAAGUUACAGACUUGCCAACUAAGGAUGGAAAUGAAACCUCCGGAAAAGUUACAGACCCUUCAACCAAGGAUGGAAAUGAAACCUCCGGAAAAGUAACAAACUCUCCAACUAAGGAUGGAAAUGAAACCUCCGGAAAAGUAACAAACUCUCCAACUAAGGAUGGAAAUGAAACCCCCGGAAAAGUUACAGACUUUCCAACUAAGGAUGGAAAUGAAACCUCCGGAAAAGUUACAGACUUUCCAAUUAAGGAUGGAAAUGAAACCUCCGGAAAAGUUACAUUCCCUUCUACUAAGGAUGGAAAUGAAACCUCCAGAAAAGUCACAGUGCCUUCUACUAAAAAUGGAAAUGAAACCUCCAGAAAAGUCACAGUUCCUUCUACUAAAGAUGGAAAUGAAACCUCCGGAAAAGUUACAGUGCCUUCUACUAAAGAUGGAAAUGAAACCUCCGGAAAAGUUACAGUCCCUUCUACUAAAGAUGGAAAUGAAACCUCCGGGAAUGUAACAGUCCCUUCUACUAAAGAUGGAAAUAAAACCUCCGGGAAUGUAACAGUCCCUUCUACUAAAGAUGGAAAUGAAACCUCCGGAAAAGUUACAGUCCCUUCUACUAAAGAUGGAAAUGAAACCUCCGGAAAAGUUACAGACUCUCCAACUAAAGAUGGAAAUGAAACCUCCGGAAAAGUUACAGUCCCUUCUACUAAAGAUAUAAAUGAAACCUCCAGAAAAGUUACAGUCCCUUCUACUAAAGAUGGAAAUGAAACCUCCGGAAAAGUUACAGACUCUCCAACUAAAGAUGGAAAUGAAACCUCUGGGAAAGUCAUAGACCGUUCAACUAAAAACGGAAAUGAAACCUCCGGAAAAGUUACAGUGCCUUCUACUAAGGAUGGAAAUGAAACCUCCGGAAACGUUACAGUGCCUUCUACUAAAGAUGGAAAUGAAACCUCCGGAAAAGUUACAGACUCUCCAACUAAAGAUGGAAAUGAAACCUCUAGGAAAGUCAUAGACCGUUCAACUAAAAACGGAAAUGAAACUUCCGGAAAAGUUACAGUUCCUUCUACUAAAGAUGGAGACGAAACCUCCGGAAAAGCCACAGUGCCUUCUACUAAAGACGGAAAUGAAACCUCCGGAAAAGUUACAGUCCCUUCUACUAAAGAUGGAAAUGAAACCUCCGGAAAAGUUACAGACUCUCCAACUAAAGAUGGAAAUGAAACUUCCGGAAAAGUUACAGUGCCUUCUACUAAAUAUGGAAAUGAAACCUCCGGAAAAGUAACAGAGUCUCCAACUAAAAAUGGAAAUGAAACCUCCGGAAAGGUUACAGUCCCUUCUACUCAAUAUGGAAAUGAAACCUCCGGAAAAGUAACAGAGUCUCCAACUAAAAACGGAAAUGAAACUUCCGGAAAAGUUACAGUGCCUUCUACUAAAGAUGGAAAUGAAACCUCCGGAAACGUUACAGACCCUUCAACCAAGGAUGGAAAUGAAACCUCCGGAAAAGUAACAGUCCCAGUUACAGAAGGUAGCAACUCAAACAAUUCUGUUACAGAAGCGUCUACUUCAGAUCGAGUCACAUUUUAUCAAGGUAUGAAGGGUUUUACAGUCGACUCCUACGAAGAGGGAGAUGUCUACACCCGGUUACUAGACACCAACCUCACACUCCUCAUCCGAGUAAAGAAUACUGGACUCGUCAGAUCAAAGCGUGAUCUGGAGAAUACCAUACAUGAAAUUAGAACCCUGUUCCGGACAUACUGCGAGUUAAACAACUGCACUGAAAUGAGUAAAGUAGAUGUGUUAAGUUUCCGGCAGUUAGACGAACAGACGAUUGAGCACACGGACACGUUACAGAGCUACUCAGCUUACAUGUACACCUUUGUUGCUGACGAUGUGAAACUUACUAAAAAGAUAGUUACACCCCAUCGAGAGCCUGAGGUGGUAGAGCAAGUGAAGACGGAGGUGAUAUCAGAACACCAGGUUCAGGUUAACUGGAGGGGAGUGUUCAGACCCAACAGCAGAGUUUUAGCACCAGGCUGUUUCACUGUAACUGUCACUGCUGGAAACGUCACCACUAAGAUAAAAACUGAUUUUAUGAGCCUCAUGAUUGUGGACAAAGAAGAUAAUUUAGAAUCUAGUGGAAUAGCUAGCCAGAUGCCGAACAUGAGGAUUCCUAGUAAGAUAAACAGCACUAACAUAGUGGUGGAGAUCACUCUAAAAACUGAAAUGGGAGAUGUAACUGCUACCUCCAGUUUACCAGCAGCUCAACAGAAAAUAGCUCACUCAGUCCUUGUGCUCUCAAUUGUGUUUGGAGUUUUGGGAGCACUCUUCCUCAUUCUCAUAUCCGUUUACGUCAUCUACAGGGUGCGUCGUAAUGCAGCCCACUCUUACCACUUUAACCCGAAUACGAUGCGACAAGAAUACAGACCUAGUGAGGCUGAGCGGAGCAAGCUUACUCUUAAUACUAACCAGUCCCAGUCCACAAUACACCACAACCGGAUGUGCCCACCACCAUCUGACCCAAAAGAGGAUCACGGUAACGCAGUGUUCCAAGUGAAGCGAGUAGACGCUACAGAGAACCUGCUGGCGGAUUGCCACAUAGUCCCGAGUCCUGCGACCCCGGCCCCACCCACUCAACCUACUAGCACUGUCACUCGCAUGACCCCGGCACUCGCCAACGUCCUGAAAUUUGAGAGAACGCGAAGUGAUCGUUAUAGUUUAGCGUUAGGGGUCCGAUCUGACCUUCAAAGAACCCCCAGUGAAAGUAGUGGGAGCGUCACGCACUGUCAGACAGAUAUAAGAGAUAAGGCUGUCACGCUGACAAGUCAAGAUGGUACUUCUCAGACCUACCUUUAGCAAAGUUAUAGUUGACACUUUAGUUAGUUAGUUUAGUUUAGUUAGUUAUUAUAUUAGUCGGCUAUAGUUCCUUAGUUAACCUUUACGUGUUUAUAGCUAGUUUAUAUGUAGUUUGUUGCCCUUUUGAAUGUUGAUGUAAUUAUUUCUCAUUAUUUUGUAUUUUUGUUUUGGUAUUUUUGGGUCGACUUCGAAUUUUAUAAUGUUCAUAUAAUUUGUGGAGAUUGGAUUUUUUGUAUAACCAUUAUGUAUUGUAAAAUUUAUGUGCUUAGAAUUCUAACUUAAUGAUUCAAUUU